AUGGGAGGCGCAGACAGAGCAGGUGGCAAGGCAAAGCCGUUAAAAGCACCAAAAAAGGCACCGAAGGGAGAACUGGACGAAGAGGAUAAGGCUUUCGCCGAGAAGCAACGCGCUGACGCAAAGGCCAAGGCUGAGAUGGCGGCUAAGGCGAAAGGCUCGAAAGGACCUCUAAACACUGGCUCACAGGGAAUUAAGAAGAGCGGAAAGAAAUGA